GUCUCAUCUUUCUCUUUUUACUCUUUCUUUCUCCCGUAGCUUCUCCCUUGUGAAUAUUUCCAAGGACUAAAUUGACGGUUGGUCCAAACGCGAAACAGACUCGGAGUCAACUCGGCGACCACCUCGAUUCUCUUCUCUCUUCGUCAUUAUUUCCGCUAAUGGUUUGUUUCAUCAAAACCAUUCAGUUUAGUUCAGAUCGUAGAGCCAUGCGGUUUGGCGAGUGUUGACGUCCGUCUAACCCAUCGAAUCAUCAUCAUCAUCAUCAUCAUCAUCAUCAUCAUCAUCAUCAUCAUUAUCAUCAUCAUCACAAUCAUGUUUAUCACCUUAAUUUUCCACGCACAUUCAAUCAAGUGUUGAUACAUAAUUAUUACGUUCAACGCUAACGCCGUACUAUAUAAAUACUAACCCUAUCGCUGAUUCGUUGGAUAAUUUAGUUUUUUAUUCGUCAAAAAUUUGAUUUCUUUUUCCACUUUCUUUCAAUUACAACGACGACACGGGGCAUCCCCGAGGAACUUGUUUCCGUUACAAAGGUAUCGAUUUUUUCAAAUUCAGUGGUCGAAGUAAUGUCGCGUUGGAACAGAGGUUAUUUGGUGUCAAAAAUCGGAAGUGAGGAUGGUGAAGUUCAGGAGGAAAAAAGUAAAGGAGCGAUCAACGGGAACGAGAACGCCGACUCGUCGAACCGACACCAAAAUGUCGAAUCAUCGCCGAUAACGAGGAUUUCGAAAGCCCUCGGGAAAUCAACACUCUCAAACGGGGACACUCCGAAACGUUUUCGGCGCAAUGCGAACAUCGCCAACGACGUGAUAGACGAAAUGUCGCAAAAAUUGGAUUUCUCGGACUCGCAGGUUCCACUCUUCGGGUCAUCGGCUCCCGUUGCGCCAAGGACCAACCAAAAACUCUUCAAAAAUGCCUUUAAAUUCACAAAUACAACACCUGAAUCGACCGUGAGACAACGACCACUGUCCCGCCGUCUGGUUGGCAUGGCGUCACGACGCCUUUCAAGUCCUGAAAAUGUGCUUAUGCCUUCUUCUACGGAUAAGGAGAACGGUGUUGUCUCCAGCCCAAUCAGCUUCAACACGAGUCCUCAAAAGUUCUCCACUUUGAGGUCAAUGAAAUCUCGUGUACCUCUGGAAGACUGCGAUCCGAAUAGCCAGGAUAGUGGAUAUGGUGCCAGCUACCCCGAUAAAGAUGAUGUCAAGUGUCAAGAUCCGUUCAGGUUUGCAGAGCCUCUGGGAGUUGCUCCCAGACGUCUGUCCGUUGAAUCGCGCAGCCCUCUACGAUCACCCCUCAGAUCCCCGGUCCGGAGUAAUAGACCACCUUUAUUCCGGAGCUUGUCCUCUGGCUCUGAAAGCAUGGACGAUGGUUUUACAGAGCUUAUCGACAUGGACACUCUGGAUGACAAUACGCAGCUACCAAGUGGCUUGUCUUCACUACUGUCCGGGCAGAUCGUGUCAAAUAAGUCCAUGGAAUGCGAACCAACGACGCCAGAAACUAGAACCAAACCAUCUUUCAGACGUUCUCUGUCACUACAGAACGAAAAUAUUACACCACAAAGUUCAAGGGUAAGAUCUUGCUUGUUCAGAUCACCUAAUGCGAUUUCAUCAACGUCAAGAUUAUCAUAUAACGACAGUCCACGCUUAGUAUCUUCACCGGUAUCUCCACCACCAAAAUCAUUCAAACGACCAGAACCACCUUCAGAUGCAAGUCCAGUGUUAGUGAAAAGAUGUAGAAAGUCGAAUAGCCUACAGGAUAUAUGUGAACAAACCAGCCCAAAGAAACCAACAUUACAAAGAUGUUUUUCUGAGACCGAAGCACAUGCUCACAUAAAAUCUGCGAUACACAGAAGUACGACCGAUGCAGAUUUGACAGGUGAUUUCAGCAAACAGUGUGUUCUACCCUUAGCCGAAGGGCAACAUGAAGAUUUAAAGUCGAUAUCCGCUAGCACAUUGGCUGCAUUGAUCAGAGGCGAGUUCAACGACAGCGUAAGAUCAUACAAAAUCGUCGACUGCAGAUAUCCAUACGAAUUUGAAGGUGGGCAUGUAAACGGAGCGUUGAAUCUCUUCAACAAAGACAUGAUCGAGCAAGAACUUUUGGCACCGUUGAAAAAUGUUCCCGAAAUACAUUCGGACAACGAAAAACGUGAUAUAAUUGUUUUCCAUUGUGAAUUCUCAUGGGAAAGGGGGCCCAAUCUAUCGCGCUUUUUGCGUAACAUUGACAGACAAAGAAACAAGGAACAUUACCCAGCUUUGCAUUAUCCCGAGGUAUACCUCCUCCACGGAGGAUACCAGCAAUUUUAUCUUGAAGAACAAUCUCUCUGCUCGCCAUGUGGGUACAGGCCUAUGCGACAUCCGGAUCACGAAGCAGACUUACGUCAAUUUCGAAGCAAGAGCAAAAGCUGGCAGGGUGACAAGUCUCGAUUAAACGGUUUUACUGCCCGCGCUAAUUUGAAGCGACUUGGAUUAUAGACUGCCAUGCUGUGCUAGUUGCUCAGUUAAAUCGAUACGUAUGUAUACAUGUAUAUACAUAUAUAUGUGUGUGUAUAUGUAUUUACAUACAACAAUUUUGAUCUCGCGUAUGAAUGUGUGAGAACGAGAGAAAGGAAACUAAAUUUAAAAGAGAAAAAAAAUACCAUUAUCGACAAGUAGAUUUGAUUUCCAAACCUUGGUGAGAUUAGUUUUUAUUCAAUGAGGAAUACAUGGAUUCAUCGAUAGUUCCAACAAUUGAUUCAAAAAAUACCUGUUUUUGUACAUAAUAAAUUUUAAGUUUUCUUAUUACAGAAAAUAUUAAUAACAAUAAUAAUAGUAAUAAUAAUGAUGAUGAUGAUAAUGAUCAUAAUGAAUAAGUAUCAAGCAAGUACAACAAAAGCAACAUAAAACGCUUAAGAAGAGAUCAUAGAUUCAGUCCUGUUUUUUUUUUUGUUAUUUUUUUUCUCCAGAUAAAAUAGUCAAAACUUGCCGUUGAAUGAUUCAGAUAAUUAUUAUUAUUAUGUAAAUGAAAAUGAUUUAUAUUUUUUUUUUUCGUUUUUCCCCCCAAUUCUAUGGAUUAAUCUUGUACAUAAGAUUUAUUAUUACCUGCCUGAAAAUAAUUAAAAUCCGCAAGGCAAAAGCAAUAAGCCCUGUUUAAAAUAUAGUAUGAUGAUGGCAAAAGCAAUAAAGAGCUGUACAUAGGUUACGAGAAGGAAAGAAAGAAAGUAAAGAAGAAAAACGUGUCUCAAAUUCUAAUGCUUUUAUUAUUUCAAAUUGGGCAGGCAUCCCACUGUAUAGACAUGACACAAAAUAAUGGAAAAAAAGUAAUAAUAAUAAGAACGAAAGGAGAUAACCGGAUGCAGCUACAUUUUCUAAGUUUUUGAAAUGAUUUAAUUGUUGACAAAAAUACAGAAAUGAAAAAAAAAAACUGUAAAAUUGAAAUGCAAAAAAAAAACAAAUUUAUCAAAAAAUAGAUGAAAUAGAAGAAAUUACGGGUUCGCAAAUCUUGACACUUGGCAUAGCGGUCAAAAAAAUGAGUAAAAAAUAGAAGAAAAAGCAUUCAUAAUGUGAGCGUAGAAAUCAGUGGUGUACAAAUUAUUAAUUAAACUUUGUUCAAAUAUAAAAUCAACACAACGAAAUAGAAAUGUGGUACUGUACGGGUGUGUGUAUAUGAGUGAAUGUUAUAUUAUUUGAUAAGUUUAAGUAAGAAAAAAAUGAUGGUGGAAUUACAUAAUAUGUUACAAAAUCUCAGCAUAAAACUGAAAACUUAUGAAAAAAACUGAAAAAAAAUGGACUUUCUUUUGUAUGGUUACCACAUGUUCGAUAGUGGAGACAACAACCACAUCCUAUAU